AUGAAGGCACUCAAAUCGAAGUCCCAGGUCAAAAAGGCCCCCGUGGGACAAAAGUCCAAGUUCAUGCUGGACUGCACGGCUCCGGCCAACGACAACAUCAUCAACCCCUCGGGAUUGGAGAAGUUUUUGCAAGAUCGCAUCAAGGUUGAUGGCAAGACCGGCAACCUGGGAACCAGCGUCACGGUGACCAGGGAGAAGAACAAGAUCCACGUCACCGCCGAGGUGCCCUUCUCGAAGAGAUACAUUAAGUACCUCACCAAGAAGUACCUCAAGAAGCAGCAGCUUCGUGACUUCUUGCGCGUCGUAGCGAACAAGGAGAACUCAUAUGAGCUCCGCUACUUCCAGAUCAACGACGAGGCGGAGGCUUAA